AUGGGACCCAAGCGAAAAUCGGCAGCGCCAACACCAGCCGCAGUGUUGGAACAAUUGCAGCAGUCAAAGUCACUCAAGCUCCUGGCUAUUGCGGAAACACUGUCGCCAAAGGAUCUCCCACAGGCCGCGAAGAAGCGCAAUUCGGCGGCGUCGGAGGACAGCGAGCAGAAUGGCGACACUCAUCCGGCUGCCCUUGAGGCUGAUCUAUUACAUUAUAAAGAACUCUUCAGCAAGCUACGCUUCAGCUACGUCGAGCAGGUCACCAAGGAGAAGUUCCUGCGCAGCAUAACGGAAAACCCACCCCGCCUGGUCGACGCUCACGAGAACGACGAGAAGGAAAAGGAGAUACUGGGUCUCAAGGCAGAGCUCAAGGAGCGCAAGUUGGAGGUAGCCGAGAUUCUGAAGCAGCUGGAGGACAAGGGAAAAGAGCUCGCACUGCGCUAUGAGGGUCUUCAACUACGCACGCAACAGCUCGAGUCACUUCCGGCUGAAACUGCAGGCCUGGAAGCGACCAUUGAGCAGCUAAAGCACGAGCAAACACCAGUCUCGACGAACCCUGAGCUGUCUCUCCCACUUCCAGAAACUCAGCGAGUGCUCAGCGAACGGGAGGCGGAGCUCGCAGCCCUGAAUGCGCAGAUCGCAAGUCUGCAGGCUACCAUCCCGAACCGAACCAGAGACUUGGAGAAGCUGGAGCGUGAGCUGAGGCCGCUGGAGACUCAGAAACAGGGAACCGUGGCGGCAGCUAGAGAGGCCCGGAGACGGAAGGAAGAGGGCGGUGGAAUCGGAGAUGAACUAGAAGAGAGAGGCAGAUGGCUCCGAGCGUCUGAAAAGGCGCUAAGGGACAUGUUGGAUGUUGAGGGAUGA